AUGACCAAUCUGUGCCUGUCAGGGAUUACUCAGUUAACCAGCCAUCUGAGGUGCAGCUGGAAUUCUGCACAGCAUCAUGAGAUGCCCAUUACCUUUCCACAGACAGAUUUAUUGUGCAACACUCUGAAGGAAUCCCUGUUUGAGAAAUUCCGCCAGCUUCAGUGUCACUUCACAUGGAAUCCACAGAAGGACAACACUGACGUCAGUAACAUGAAGCUUAGAUUACAAGAUUCUAUAAAACUUGGUGUAAAAUAUCAAGCCACAUCCUACAACCAUCUUGCUUUUGUAAACUGUCAGCAAGGUGACUAUGAAGAAGCAAUUCAAAACUUAAAGGAAGCUGAAAAGAUUCUGAGGGAGGAGUACAAAGAUGAAUUUGAAAGAAGAAGCAUCAUCACCUAUGGAAACUUUGCCUGGGUGCAUUACCACAUGGGACAACUGUCCGAGGCCCAGUCCUAUCUCGACAAGCUGGAGAUGAUCUGUAAACCGCUCAGUGAUGGCCCUCGCUAUACAGCAAUGAUACCCGAGGUGUACGGGGAGAAGGGAUGGUCAUUGUUAACUUUUGGUAAUAUUGCUUACUAUGAGGAGGCAAAGGAAUGUUUUGAGAAGGCUUUGGAGGAAGAUUCUAAUAAUGUGGAGUGGAUUAUGGGUUUUGCUACUGCUCUUUAUCGUCUGGAAACAUUUUCUUUUGUUCCAAAGAAUCAGGAGCAGAGUCAGCCAGUGAAGUAUCUGCGACUGGUGCUGGAGCUUGACCCAGAUGACACGGUGGCCAUGGUUAUGUUGGCCCUAAAGCUGCAAGAGUUCAAUGACUCAGAGAACGCAAAUGAAUUAAUUGAAGAAGCCUUGAGGAAGACCGCAGAUCUUCCAUAUGUGCUUCGCUAUGCAGCAAAGUUUUACAGAAUAGGACGAGAUGUUGAUGCCGCAAUAGGCCUGUUGAAGAGAGGUUUAGAAAUUACUCCAAGCUCAUCCUUCUUACACCACCAAAUCGGUAUAUGUUACAGGGAAAAACUGUUCAGUCUGAAAAAGAAAACAGGCAGCAACUAUCCUGGCAGAUCUGCAUUUCAACAGAAAGCUGAGUUGAUCAGUAAGUGCAAAUAUCACUUUGAAAAGGCAUUUGAGCUGAAAUCAACAUUUAUUAUCGCCAAACUGGAUUUUGCAGGAAUCUGCUUAAUAAAUAGCGAAACAGACCGAGCAGAGGAGAUCUACAACAGUCUGCUGAGCUUGAAGGAUCUUGCUCCAGAUCAUAAGCAGGCACUAGCUUUACAAGUUGGAUUAUUUGAACUGCACCACAAAAGAUCUGAAUCAAACGCCAUCGUCUAUUUUCUGGACGGACUUAAAAUCUAUCAUGGAAGUAAACAAUGGAAGCUCUGUGACAGUAACUUGAGGAAGAUCUUAGGAAAACAAAUUGAGAGGAAUCCAAGAAACAGCAAAGCCUUUGGUGUUCUUGGGAUGGUGCACCAGCUGGCUGGGGAGAAGGAUGAGGCUAUUGAAUGCUUUGAAAAGGCCUUGGAAUAUGAUCCUGGCAAUUAAGAAUAUCUCAAUGCACUUUCUGAAUUAUGUCCUUCUACUUAGGCUCUAGAUA